AUCAACAAAUCUGUAUAGCUUUCCUUUGCUACAUAGGGCAUGAUACGUCGCGUAUUUAAGAUGUUAUAAAUUAUUUUAACUUUUUUCUGCUUCUUUAUUUGUAAAAGCUAUUAUAUUAUAAUAGAACGAAAAGAUGGAUUUCAACGAUCUGGAUUCCGAUAGUGAACAUAACAGCAAUGAUAUUGCAGCCAUCUUACAAUACUUAAUCAGCAGUGGACAAGUGCGAAUAAUUGCAGCAUCUCCUCAGUUAUACAAUGAUGGUUCUGAUGAUGAAACUGCUGUUCGCUGCACUCCUAAAGCUGAUCAUUAUCCUGAUACCUCCUGCCUUAAGGGCAGUGAUUUAAGCCAAGCCAUUCUUCUCAAUUCUGGAGCACUGAAUGAUCGGCAUGCGAAUUCUCCAGCGGGUAUGAUUCCGUUACCCUGCAUGUUGAGAUCAAGAGAAAUUGGAAUGAAUGGCAGGCAGCAUUUUAGUUUAGGUGACCGUUGUCAAAUAAUGCAGAGGGUAAUUCCUAAUAAGAAAGAUGUUCUAGACCGUUAUACAGGAAAGGUAUUUUGUGGUACUUUUGCCAGAGAUGGUGAUGUUUUUAUGUCAGCUGCACAAGAUUAUUGUAUCAGGUUAUAUGAUACAAGUAAAGGACUUUUUAAUCUGAAAAAACUUGUUGAAGCAAGAGAUGUUGGAUGGAGUAUUUUAGACACUGCUGUUAGCCCAGAUGGAAACACUUUUAUUUACUGCAGCUGGUCUGAAUGUAUUCAUAUUUGUAAUGUAAGUGAGGAUCAGGAACUUCAUGAGGCUCUUCCACUUUACCCUGAAGAACGAAGAUUUUGUGUUUUUGCUCUUCGAUUUUCUCAAGACGGAAGUGAAAUUCUUGGCGGGGCCAAUGAUCAAUAUUUAUAUGUAUAUAACAGAGAAGUAAAUAGAAGAACUUUAAGAAUAUAUUCUCAUGAGGAUGAUGUAAAUACAGUUGCCUUUGCUGAUAACACUUCGCAAAUUCUUUUUAGUGGUGGAGAUGAUGGUAUUUGUAAGGUUUGGGAUCGCAGGACUCUUUGUGAAUUUUCCCCAAAACCUGUAGGUAUUCUUGCUGGGCAUGAAGAUGGUAUUACAUAUGUUGAUUCGAAAGGUGAUGGCAGGCAUUUAAUAACUAACAGCAAAGAUCAGACAAUUAAAUUAUGGGAUAUGCGUAUGUUUUCCCCAUCUUCAUGUAUGGAAGGUGCAUAUAAAGCUGUCAAAUCACACAAUUGGGACUACAGAUGGCAGAGAGUCCCAACAAGCUUGAAUAGACAGAAACGUAAAUUGCCUGGGGAUACCUCAUUAAUGACCUAUAGAGGUCACAGUGUUCUGCAGACUUUGAUUCGAUGUCACUUUUCUCCAGAAACUACUACUGGACAAAGUUAUAUUUAUACUGGUUGUGCUCAAGGUCGUAUUAUUGUUUAUGAUGUUCUUACUGGCAAAAUAAAAGCAACUUUAAAAGGACACAAAGGUUGUGUCCGUGAUGUUUCAUGGCAUCCAUACAGAAAUGAAAUAAUGAGUAGUUCAUGGGAUGGUACUAUUGUGAAAUGGACCUUUAACAAAACUGAAAUCGAUUCAGAUUCAGAAGAAGGUUCAACUGUUUAUAGCCACGGCGAUGGUGGAUUGCGUCGAUCACAACGCCUUGCCGAUCAGCGAAGGAAACAAGAGUCUGAAAUUUGCUGAGUUUGUACAAAAGAGGGUUAAUUUUAACUUUUUCUUUUUCUGCAUUUCCAAACUAUUUUAAGGAAAGAGCUACUUAUUGUAGAAUAAUAAAGAGUAAUUAAAAAAUAUAUUUUCAAAAAGUGUUAUUUUAUUUGUUUUUCAAUCCCGGUUACUUUUGAUUUUUCUUUUAGUGUGACUUCCAAAUUAUGUUUUAUGAUGUAUAGUUUCUUACACUUUUAUAGUCAAUAUGAAAGAAAAUAUUUUGUAUCAUAAUUUUCAGUCAUGUAUGUGAAGAUGUAAAUAUUUAUAUAGUAGUAAUAAAGUGAACCUAAGAUUGCGUGAUAGUUCAAAAUUGGACAACAUGAAUAGGUGUGAAGCCUGAUUUCAUAGAAAUUUUGCGUCGUAAUAUUUUCUUUGCAUCUGCACUUAUAAUAUUGCUUUAUGUAACUUACUUGGCUAUUACUGUUAAUGAAUAUUGCAAUGUCAAAAAAAAUUAGUAUCUUUAUUGAAUUUAUUUCAUAUACAUAUAAUGAAUGUGUACAGUAUUUUGCCAAUCCAUACCAUUUCCAUUGUGAAAUAUCGCUGUUGUUGUAUUUCUUAUUGAAUGUACUGUAAUGUGACCUUCCUGUUGCAUUAUGUAAUGUGCCUUUUUAUAACCUUUAAUGUGGUUUUAAUAACUAAGUCAAUAGUUUCUUAUUGUUUUUUUGUUUGUUUAAUUAUCACUAGAAUUGUAAAGAAAUUUCUGCAACUAUAUAUGUAAAGUAAUGUGUAGUUACAAAUUAGUUUAUUUACUGUAUUUCAUUCAUAAUAUCUUUCAUAUAUUUCAUGUAAGUAGAAAUCAAUUAGUGUUGAUUUUAAUUGAUUAUAAAUAUUUGUCACUGGCAAAAUGUGUGUAUUAUUUGAAUUUUCUUCUUGUUUUAUGGUGAAAGAGUUGGAGAUAUUUUCAUAACUUUAAUCUUCUCUAGGUUAAUUAUCUUGGACAAAUAAUUUUUCUUAUAUUAAUUCUUCCCUGUGGUGACUGAAUUUAACAAUAAAUAAGUUGUUUUUAAUAGAGUAGUAAAAGUAUAUAUACUUUCCUGUUUGAGUUCAAACUUUUUUUUUAACUAAAUAUAUAGAAUUGCCAAAUCCACUAUUAUUUUUAUGAACAUAAUUUCUUAAACUAAAAUGAUUUUUAAAAGAAUAAUAUCCUAUAAUUAUAUAUUUGAGCAAUUAUGUAAUGUAUAAAUCUGAUAUUGUAAUUGGAAUAUGUCUUGAAUUUUGAUAAGUAUUUCUAUUUGUUCUUUUUUUUUUUUUUUUCCCUUACAAAAUUUUAAGAACUUUCUUAGCCAAGUAAGAUUUUUAUAAGCAUUUUAGACUUGCUUUGACAGCUGUAAUUUUUGCAAUUGUUUUCUUUUUUGUUUCACCUGAAUAUAAUUUGCUUGCUAAGUUAUUCACAAUUACAGUCUUUGAAAACUUCUAAAGCUGUAUCCUUGUAUUCAAAAAUUAAUUAUAAAAACAUAAUAGAUAAUUUCUAGCUGUUAGUUAAGCAAUAGUUUCCUGGCAACAAAGUACAUUAUUAUUUGUAUAUAUACUUUCCUGUCAUAUAAAUAUUUAUCCACAAGCAUUAUUCCUGUCUAUUGAUGCAUAUGCUUGUUAUCUCUACAGUCUGAAUAUGUGAGUGACUGUAAUUUUGUUACAUUGAUCCUUGUAAGGGUGUAUAUAAAAAUGUUAAAAUAAAAAUGUCAGUCAAUGUAUCGUUUUGGA